AUGCCCGACAAGAUACUCGACGAUAUCUCUCACCGACGAUAUAACCCGCUCCGUGGGAGCCACGUCUUGGUCUCACCCCACCGCACCAAGAGACCAUGGCAAGGAGCACAGGAAGACCCCGGUGUUAUCGACCUCCCAGUGUACGAUCCGAAAUGUUAUCUCUGUCCAGGAAACGAAAGAGCGUCGGGGGAUCGUAACGACAAGUACGAAAACACGUACACCUUCGUCAACGACUACAGCGCCGUAAAGGAGUCCCAGGCGGAAUAUACUUCCCCCAACGAGCCGGGAAGUCUUGCGAGCUUACUGCUCAAGGCCGAGCCGGUCAAGGGAAAAUGCUACGUCUUGACCUUUAACGCUGCUCAUAAUGUCACAUUGGCCGAUAUGUCGCCCAAGGAAAUCGUUCCGAUUAUCAAGACAUGGACAGAGAUCUACACGGCGCAUUUGUCGCCCAAGUCGCCGCUAGCAGCUUUGGCAAAACCGACACAUCUCCCAGUCUCGAGCCCACAGGCCAGUGUCAGCACGCCGCACGAACAGUACAGAUGGAUGCAGAUCUUUGAGAACAAAGGUGCCGCGAUGGGAUGUUCGAACCCUCACCCUCAUGGACAGAUCUGGACUACGACGACCAUGCCCGAAGAGCCUGGCCUGGAGUUGGAGAAUCUACGGAAAUACCACCGUGAACAAGGCGGGUUACAUCUACUCGUGGAUUAUGCUCGACUAGAGCUUGAAAAACAGGAGCGGAUCGUGUUCCAGAACGACACCUUCCUGGUUGUCUGCCCUUGGUGGGCAACCUGGCCGUUCGAGACCAUGAUUCUCCCAGUCAAGCAUUUCCGUUCGUUGAUUGAAUUGAACGAGCAAGAGCAGCUCCAUCUAGCCGAAGCAAUCGCAGAGGUUACUCGAAGAUAUGACAAUCUGUUUGAGACCAGCUUUCCCUAUAGCAUGGGCAUUCAUCAAGCUCCACUAGACGGUACAGAUGAGGAAUUCGAGUGUGCCAGUCUCCACCUCCACUUCUACCCGCCACUGCUGCGGAGCGCCACUGUCCGCAAAUUCUUGGUCGGUUAUGAGAUGAUGGCCGAGCCACAGAGAGACAUCACUCCGGAACAAGCGACCGUCAGGCUAAGGGACUGCGGAGGGGAAUUGUACAGGAAAAAGUUGAACGGCACAGGAACCCAGGUCGAGAAUUCACCUGCACACGACAAGCAGACACCAUGA